CCAAUCAUGCGAAAUAUUCUUCCUGUUGAGGCACCUAAUUUCCUUCCAGACUUUGAUACUCUAAACCUGUUCCCUAGAAUACCUCCUAAAGGUCCCAUCUUAAAGAAGUCCAAGCUUCAACUCAAGGAUUAUCCUCCAACAUGGGCCACUCCACCUGUUGAUGGACCUGACAUCGAAAAGGUUUUGGAAUCCAUUGACUGGGAAUACGUUCCCAAUAUACCUGUCCGAAAUUCAACUAGUUCCGGGGAUCUAGAUAUGUCAAAGUAUGAUGUCUUGGUUGACGAUAGCUGCUGGUGGUCUGCCACUGGAUGUGUGGAACCAAAAUUAGAUUAUCUUCCAGUGGAUAUUUACGAAUGUCCAGCUCCGGGUCAUUUUGGUUUGACCUACGAUGAUGGACCUAUGGUACCAAACAAGUCUGAAGAUUCGAGCAGUGAUUCCUGGGAAGAACCUGAUCUUUACAAGUUCCUUAAUGAGAAUGAUCAAAAAGCUACUUUGUUCUAUGUUGGCUCCAAUGUGGCCCUUUACCCUGACAUUGCUAAACGUGCCAUAGAUAGUGGACAUGAUAUUUGCCUCCACACGUGGUCUCACCCUCCAAUGACUACCAGAACAAACGAGCAGAUUGUUGCUGAGCUAUACUGGAAUCUGCGUGCCAUUAAAGAAGCUACUGGUAUUACAUCUAAGUGCUGGCGCCCUCCUUAUGGCGACGUAGAUGACCGAGUACGUGGAAUUGCUCACCAGAUGGGACUUCGGACAGUUCUCUGGACCCGAGACUCACAAGAUUGGCAACUUGAUUCCCCCGGAAGUACACUUACCCCCAAAGAUGUGGAUGGAUAUUUUGAACAGUGGAUCGCCGAUCAAGUUGCCGGAAAGAAUAAUGAUAAUGGCCAUAUCGGACUACAGCAUGAACUUUCUGAUACAACUGUACGUGUAGCUAUGAAGUGGCUUCCUCGUAUGCAAGAAGCAUUUAAUGUUACCACAGUACAUCAGUGUUUGAAAAUGGAAAAGCCUUACUGGGAGAGUUAG